ACCGCUAUACGAAGAAUAAUUAUUACAGACUGAUCAGAAGGCUCGGCCGAAGCCUAAGGGAGAGGUUAGUCGGCCCCUAGACUGUAAUGACUGAGCUAUGGACCAGCAAACUCGAUUUGUCGCCUGCGAUGGGUAAACAUAAAAUCGAAAUUUGAGGCCUCAGUUUUAUAUCCUAAGACUUAGGAGUAACGGUCGGAAAGAAACUUGGCGAUAGUGUCUUCCAAAGAAAGAAAUACCAAACAUUUAUUUCAAAAGGAAUUUUUGAGCAACGACAUCCCUCCGCGAUCAUGUACCUGAUCUGUGUUUUUCUAUAGUUUUUCUAUACCUUUGGUUUUGCGUUGAACGCUUGACUGACAGUGACAAUUAUUGAGCCAUGUGCUAGACACGACAGAUACUGGCGUGACAUGCCAUUGUCUCUGUUUUAGUGAUCCGUUCUGUCGCAGGAGGUAUUAAUUAAAACAUGGCAUCGUGCAUUCUCUCUGCUGGCUUCAUGCUUUUAGCUUUCGUAUUAGUAUUUCUAUUAGUAGAUACCGCCAUUGGAGAGCAGAGUCGACCCAACAUCGUGAUUUUCAUGGUAGAUGAUCUUGGUGUAGCUGAUCUAGGUUGUUUUGGUAAUGAUUCCAUCAAGACUCCAAACAUCGACAAGCUGGCAUCAGAAGGAGCAAGACUCACUCAUAAUCUUGCUGGAGAGUCUAUUUGCACCCCGAGCAGAGCUUCAUUCCUGACAGGAAGAUAUGCAGUUCGUAGUGGACUAGCUGCUGAGCCUGGCCAAGCACGAGUAUUGCUGUACACUAGUGCCCCUGGUGGAUUACCAAGAAAUGAAACCACUUUUGCUAAAGUACUUGCAAGUAUUGGCUACAAGACAGGUUUGAUUGGCAAAUGGCACCUUGGCUUCAACAAGAGAUUUGUCAAUGACUUUAACUAUCUUCCAUUAAUGCAUGGAUUUCAAUUCUUCUAUGGAAUCCCAUUAAGCAAUCUUAAUAUGUGUAACGUGAUGCAGUUUGAGUUUGAUGCCACCUUUUGGAUUCACUCCUUUUCGCCUACCUGUUUUUCGAUAUUAUUUACAAUAUUUGCAAGCCAUUUCCUGGACAUACGAAAAACGCUUUUGAUUUUCUCCUUAUUUGUUAUUCUUCUUGCGUCCUUAGCCACCCACUUGUAUUCAGGUAUUCCACUAAAAAAAAUUCCUUUCUUGUGGAGAAAAGCAGAUUGUUUCUUAAUGAGAAACUUUCAGAUUGUAGAACAACCAUUUUUGUUAGAAAACCUAACUGUUAAAUUCACAAAUGAAGCAAUCAAGUUUAUCGUUCAAGCUAAUACUAAUACAAGCACACCUUUCAUGUUAUUCAUGUCAUAUGCAAAGGUCCACACAGCCUUGUUCACAACGAAGGCUUUUGAAGGUCAUAGUGGCCAUAGUAAAUAUGGGGAUAAUGUUGAAGAGAUGGAUUGGAGUGUAGGGCAGAUCAUGGAUGCAAUAGAUAACCUUGGAAUCAGGGAAAAUACAUUUGUGUACUUCACAUUAUUUUCAUGGCUGAGUAUCACCAUUGGAGAGCAGAGUCGACCCAACAUCGUGAUUUUCAUGGUAGAUGAUCUUGGUGUAGCUGAUCUAGGUUGUUUUGGUAAUGAUUCCAUCAAGACUCCAAACAUCGACAAGCUGGCAUCAGAAGGAGCGAGACUCACUCAUAAUCUUGCUGGAGAAUCUAUUUGCACCCCGAGCAGAGCUGCUUUUCUCACAGGAAGAUAUGCAGUUCGUUCUGGAAUGGUUCCUAGCGAGGACGCAGUACCAAAUAUCAGAGUUUUUAUUUUCACUGCAGUUCCAGGCGGCUUGCCUCGCAACGAAACGACCUUUGGUAAAGCUCUCCAAGGGGUCGGUUACACAACAGGUCUGAUAGGAAAGUGGCAUCUGGGACUCAAUCUGAAGAAAGCAGAUGACUUCUUUUACCAUCCCCUCACACAUGGCUUUGAUUACUUUUAUGGAAUACCAUUAACCAAUAUACGUAAUUGUCAGCCAGAAUUAUCUGUUUUUGACCAUGUUCUUCCUCACUGGAAGGAGAAAGCAGCUGGGACUAUUCUAGUUACAGGUCUUUUUGGGAUCCUUGGCGUCGUUUUCGGCAAAAUUAGGAAGUUCUGGUUUAUUCUUUUCAUGACAAUUCAGGUUAUUCCAUUUGUUGUUCUUUACUUAGCCGAGUACUCAAUGCCAAUAUCGAACUGUUUUCUCAUGAGAAAUUAUGAUAUUGUAGAACAGCCUAUGAUAUUGGAAAACCUCACUGCAAAAUUUACUAGUGAAGCUGUAGAUUUUAUUGAACAAAACCAAGCCAAACCAUUUCUCUUGUUCAUGUCAUAUGCAAAGGUCCACACAGCCUUGUUCACAACAAAAGUAUUUGAAGGUCAUAGUGGUCAUAAUACUGGCGUGAUCAUGAAGUGCCAUUGUAUCUGUUUUAGUGAUCCGUUCUGUCGCAGGAGGUAUUAUCAAAACAUGGCAUCGGGCAUUCUCUCUGCUCGCUUCGUGCUUUCAGCUUUCGUAUUAGUAUUUCCAUUAGUAGGUAUCACCCUUGGAGAGCAGAGUCGACCCAACAUCGUGAUUUUCAUGGUAGAUGAUCUUGGUGUAGCUGAUCUGGGUUGUUUUGGUAAUGAUUCCAUCAAGACUCCAAACAUCGACAAGCUGGCAUCAGAAGGAGCAAGACUCACUCAUAAUCUUGCUGGAGAAUCUAUUUGCACCCCGAGCAGAGCUGCUUUCCUCACAGGAAGAUAUGCMGUUCGUUCUGGAAUGGUUCCUAGCGAGGACGCAGUACCAAAUAUCAGAGUUUUUUUGGUCAGUGCACUUCCAGGCGGCUUGCCUCGACAAGAAACGACCUUUGGCAAAGCUUUGCAAGGAAUGGGCUAUAAGACAGGUCUGAUAGGGAAGUGGCAUUUGGGACUCAAUCUGAAGAAAGCUGAUGACUUCUUUUACCAUCCCCUCAAACAUGGCUUCGAUUACUUUUAUGGAAUACCAUUAACAAAUAUACGUAACUGCCAAGCAGGGGUGACGAUAAUGGACCAUACUUUCCCACAGUGGAAGGAAAAAGCUGCAGGGACAAUCUUGGUAACAGGACUGCUUGGACUCAUUGCUGUUGUCUUAAACAAACUUCGCAAGAUUUGGUUCAUAGUUUUCAUUUUGAUUCAAGUUCUUCCGGUGAUGCUUUUGUAUUGGUUUGAUGUCUCACUUCAGGCUUGGAACUGUUUUUUGAUGAGGAACUAUGAUAUUGUAGAACAGCCUAUGAUAUUGGAAAACCUAACUGCAAGAUUCACUAGUGAAGCGGUGGAUUUUAUUGAACAAAACCAAGCCAAACCAUUUCUCUUGUUCAUGUCAUAUGCAAAGGUACAUGCACCAUUGUUCACAACAAAGGCUUUUCAAGGUCAUAGUGGCCAUAGUAAAUAUGGCGAUAAUGUUGAAGAGAUGGAUUGGAGUGUAGGGCAGAUCAUGGAUACAAUAGGUAACCUUGGAAUCAGGGAAAACACUUUYGUGUACUUCACUUCAGACCAGGGACCACACCUAGAACAAAUUGUUCAUGGGGAGUACCAAGGUGGAUGGAAAGGAAUAUUGAAGGGAGGUAAGGGUCAGAGCUGGGAAGGUGGUAUCAGAGUACCAGGUAUUGUUUCCUGGCCAACACACAUUCCUUCUGGUAUUGAAAUCAAAGAACCAACUACAGACUUGAAUAUUUUCCCAACGGUGCUGAAAUUAGCAGGUGCUGACUUGCCCAGUGACAGAAUCAUUGAUGGGCAAGAUUUGAUGCCGUUGUUGAAGCAACAAGURSAGUACUCUCCAAAUGAAUUCAUGUUCCAUUACYGUGCCMAGGCUAUCCAUGCUGUACGCUACAGGCCAYGGCAUGGUACAACAACCUGGAAAGCACACUUUGCAACACCAAAGUGGACACAGGGAACCCAAACCUGCUUUGGACAUGGUGUUUGUGGUUGUUAUGGCAAUCAAAUUAAUAGGCAUGAUCCACCAUUGUUGUUUGACGUGACAAAUGAUCCAGGUGAAAUGAAUCCCAUUGAUCCAAGCAAUCAACAGUACAAAGAUAUUGUAAAACAAAUUAAAGUAGCUGUGAGCAAGCAUCAAGAGGAUGUGAAGCCCGUGCCAUCUCAACUAGAUGUUGUAMUUUGGAGACCAUGGUUACAGUCUUGCUGCAAUUAUCCAUACUGUAAAUGUAUAGAAAAUUUCACCAGACUCACUCAUUAUCCCUCAGGUGGAAAAUAGUAAAAUCUAUCAUGCAAUUUUCCCCUCAACUUGUUUAAAACCGACAUAAUUUGUGCUAGUUGAUAACCGAAGGAGGAAAGUCUAUGAUGUUAGAAACAAACCCAAACUGUUUGGUUUCAUCUGUUUACAUCAGGUACUGCAGUGGAACUAAGAACCAUAAUUCUUGAAGGCAGCAUAUUGAUGAUGCACUACAUUUCCUUUCUGCCGUGAUUGGUGCCAAUAGACCUAUCCCGAAUUCGCUUGACUGACCACGAAACAAUGGUUUGAAGUCRAAASUGAACUCGAUUCUUUUAUUCAUCAAGUUCAACCUCGACUUGAAACCAUUGUUUCGUGAUCAGUCAAGCGAAUUCRGGAUAGGUCUAUAUCUGUCAUACAUAUCCUGGAACAAGUUGSAGAGAAAAUUGAAUAGAAUACUAUUACUUAAUGUAGUGGUAGAGUGUGAAUGACGGUGAGCCAAAUUGGAAAUUAGUAUGCAUAUACUGAAUUUUUUAUCUCACUAUGAAAAAGUGAUUUUGGUUUAAAUGACAUGUUCACACCUCAAGCCAACUAGUGGUUUCAAUAGCAUAAACUUUAAACUUUAUGUAGAAAACAUUUGAAAAAUGCCUUUCAAAUUUUUGUGUAUAUGGCAAGGAAGAAAGGUUUGUUGGCAAACUAGUUUGUAACUGGUUUAGAGGAUUUCAAAAAAGGAUUAAUUAUAGAAUAUGYAAUAAUCAAUUACUUAGAUAGAAUGGUUUUCAAAAACCCGUGAAAUACACUUAAGCGUAUUACACUUGAAUACACUUGAAUACACUUUAUUGUCUGCAUUUUCUUUUGAUUUUCUUUUGUGUUUUCGGUGUAUUACAAUUUAUUACACCUUAGUUAUUACACUUUGUUUCAUAGGUUUUUGAAAACCACUCAAGGGCGGAUCCAGGGGGAG